AUGUUGGAGCAAAGCGGCGAAGAUAUUCAAAGCUGUGGUGCUUAUCCACAUGUUUUCAACAGUAAACGUCCGAUUCGGGUCAUCAGUUGCUCAAAAGAGUCGAUGCGUAUUGCCGCACCCGUACUGUCGAGAACACCGACUUCACUGAAACAUCUAUUGUCACAUGUUCCUAAAGGCGGUUUUAUUCCAGGGCUACAUCCAGUAUCCAAUGGACGCAGUCGUCAGAUCUCGGUCAGUCCGAUGACAUCGCACUUAAUCUUCCCGGCUUUUAUCAUUAGAUCCUCAAUGGCCGCUUUCGAUGCAAGCUAA